AUGAUUCUCUUCCUCCUUUUGAUCAGUAGGCAUGGAAAGAUCAGGCUCUGCAAGUUUUUCACCCCAUUCACAACCAAAGAGAGGAACAAGAUCAUGAAAGAUUGCAGUGGACUUGUCAUUGGCAGAUCAAGCAGACUGACUAACUUUUUAGAAUAUUCUGAUUUCAAACUAGUCUUCAAGAGAUAUGCCAGUCUCUAUUUUGUCACAGGUGUGACUAAAGAUGAGAAUGAGCUCAAUAUCCUCGAAAUUAUGCACCACUUUGUCGAGCUCCUUGACAGAUAUUUCGGAAAUGUGUGUGAGUUAGACAUUAUUUUCAACUUCCAUGCUGCCUAUUUCCUCCUGGAUGAGAUAAUCAUCGGCGGCCAAGUCCAGGAGACGAGCAAGAAGGCCAUUCUCAAGAAAAUCUCCCAGCAAGAUCUUCUACUAGAUGAGCAAUUCUUCAAGGAUGAUGAUAAGAAGAAAUAA